UCUCAAUUUCUUCAGGAACCAGAUUAUAAUUACAGAGCUGAAGUAAAAAAACUCAUUCCUCACUUGGAGUACUUGGACGAAAUACCAGCAAGCCAGACUGCUCUCCCUCCUUCCAAGAAGAUGCAUGAGGAUUGGCUGAUCAUCAAGGAAGGUGGUUUAGCUGGAGACAUUUCAUGGUUAGAUCCAUAUCUGGGGGCAGUACCAAGGCAGUCUGGAUGCAGCUCAAGACCCCUGACAACUUCCAGCCCUGGGACAGCACAGCGGUCUGCUAACGCAGGGACAUCUACCAGUGCCUGCCUCCUUUCUGGUGGCCAUCCUCAUCCAGAUCCCACUGUUUCUGAUGGGCUGUUCACAGAAGAUGACUCCAGCGAUUUGACACAUGGACUCUGUCAAGUGAUAUGUGGGAACCCCACCAAGGCCCUGCGUGCAAGGAGGCAAAAGCUGGGUCCGCCUGCAGUGAGCCCUUUGAAACUGUGUGGUCUGAGGGCAGCAAACCUUUGUGGCUCUGGAGGAGGAGGAGAUCUGCACCAGGAAGACGUGUUUUCUGGACUGAAAGUACGGCAGGAGCAGCACAAGUGGUGCCUGCAGAAAGCUCAGCAAGAAGAAGCUGCCCAAGCCCUGAAGGGGAGUCUGAGUGAUGAGGAAGAGGGUGAAGACUGCAGCCUGAUGGACGGCUGUGAAGAUUUGAGGGAGACCUGUGAUGAGGACCUCAUUGAAAGGAUUUCACUUGGUUCUUCCUGCCACUCCUGUCUCUCCCAGUCUUCCUCAGGUUCAUCACAGGCUCAGGAAGGUGCAGUACUCUCCAACCCGGACUGUUGUCUAAUUCCAUCCCCUCUAAAAACCCCUGCGUCUGGAACGGGUGUUGCAGCCAGACCCUGGAAAAUGAGGAACCACAGGGUGAGAUGCCUAAAAAUACCCAGCCAAGAGGAGAAUGGGCAGUGGACAGAGCGAAGCCAGUCAAGGGCUCAGCAAGAAGCUUCAGCCCAGCCUCCAGGCAAGGAACGUGCUCUCCUGAGCCAGGACAGUGUGCCGGCUGCCGCCAGAUCCCGAGGGCAGCGCCAGCCUGCUGGGAGCACCGGCCGGCAAAGGCCUGUUACAGAACCUGGAGCUGUUGGAUCAGCAAGCGCCAGGCCUGUCAUGGAUGAGACCCCUCCUGGGGAGAUCAACAGCCACCGGCCAGCUCUCUGCUCAUCCACAGACACCUUGGAGCGGUUUCGGCUGAAGGAUGCUGCUUGGCCGCUGACUGCCCGGGCCACGCUGCAGGCAUUGCCAGACAGGCCCGCUGUCCCAACAGCAG